UUUUAAGUUCGUCAAAAGAUAAACUGAAAAUUCUUUCAAAAGAAUGUAAAAAAAGAAUAUUUGAAACUAUUACUUCAUUUAAAAAUAUCACUAUUUCACGCAAAAUUUCAAAAUAGACUAAAUCGUUAAAAUAUUGUUAAAGCUAAAGAAAAGUGAUUCAGUAUGAAAAGUUCGUUAAAAAUAUAAAAUUUAAUCAUCAUUAAUAAUCAUAUCAGAAAUUUAAUUCUAAUAUAAUAUGAAAUCAAAGAAGUAGUGAAAAAUUCUCUAUACCUAUAUUAUGAGAAACAUUUUUUAUAAAAAAUAGUUUAUCAUUAACGAUAAUUAUUAUUUGUGUCAAAUAAUGAUUCGAAAUAGUAUAUACAACUUCUCAUGUUAAAAAAUAUUUACAGUACAUUAAAAUUUUGAAAGUUACUCAUUAUUACUUUUGAACCCUAAAAAAAUGUUGUUAAACUUAUGAUUACGUAAAUAGCUAUUCAUCAGAAGUGCUCAGAAAAGUAGUGUAUUAAUCAUUGGCCUCGAUUCAAAAGUUCUGAGAUUAUAAAGAACAGCAUGAAUAUGCAUCGUCAAUGGAAUGUACACAUUUUUUCCAUCAUAAUUGUUUUCAUAGCAAUGAUAUUCUUUAACUCCGUUAUUACUACGAGUCUUCAACCUUUGACAAAUCCGACGUCAAAGUUAGUUUCUAAUUAUGUAGAAAAAACAUCAGUAAUUAAUGGAAGUGAUAAAAAAAAUGAAGCAAUUACCCUUACAGAUAUUGUGAGAACCUUAAAAGAAAAUCACUCAGUGCAUUUAAAUGAUAUUAAUGGUAGUUUACACCGUCACCACCAUAAAAGUGGAAACUUCAACGUCGUUGAUGAAAAGACUCCAUUGUUUCCCACCGAUCUUUUUAGUCUUGAAGAAAGGCGCCAAGGAGCUGUCAUUUUACAUGUUCUUGGAGUAGUCUACAUGUUCGUGGCAUUAGCUAUUGUAUGUGAUGAAUUUUUUGUACCGUCUUUAGACGUUAUUAUUGAAAAAUUGAAUAUCGCUGAUGAUGUUGCUGGCGCAACAUUUAUGGCAGCUGGAGGCUCUGCUCCGGAAUUAUUUACAUCUAUAAUUGGAGUAUUUGUGUCAUUUGAUGACGUUGGAAUUGGAACUAUCGUUGGUUCAGCUGUAUUCAAUAUUUUAUUCGUAAUUGGCAUGUGUGCAAUAUUUUCAAAAACAGUUUUAUCUUUGACUUGGUGGCCUCUUUUCCGUGAUUGUACUUUUUACAGUGCCAGUCUCUUAACAUUAAUUUACUUUUUUAGAGAUAAUUAUAUUUAUUGGUAUGAAGCAUUAGUUCUAUUUGGAUUUUAUUUAGCAUAUGUAAGUUUUAUGAAAUGGAAUAGACCCAUGGAAAUGUUCGUCAAACGAAUCCUUUUUAAUAAAAAAGUCACAAGAGUAAGAUCCACCGAUCAAUUGAUGCCUACGUUAAUAGAGAGUGUUCAAACGAAGGUUAACCACUCUGUCCCGUUUCCAUCGAAUGUUUUUUACUGGUUCUGUGACCAUCUAAGUAAAGAGGUUGCAAAAAGUCACCACUACGAAAGUGGCUUAAAAAAGUCGAAGUGGCACUUUUGGGGUAUCGUUUAA